UCCAUCACCCUCAACUCUCACCCAGAUUCCUGCAACUCUAGGAAAGCCUCCCAAGCACCUGGCGCCCUCUACAAUGCACCCUUCACCCCUUAGAUUAUGCGCGUGAAGCUUUCGCGUGGAAGCUCCGAAAGCUGCCGCCGUUUCAGUUUUCAGCUUCAGUAGCAGGGUGGGCGACGCACAGACGACGCACGAUGACGAUCCCGACUCUUUCAGCCGUUCUCAUUGUUCUCGCGUCGGGUUUGCAUUUUUCUGCUGCCAGGGCGGUGAACAUAAGUAACACGUGGAUGCUGCCAGAAGAGGGAUUUCCGGUGUUCUACCGCUACUUCCGAGAUCGCAUCUCUUGGUAUGAGGCAGACGCAGUUUGUCAGUUCCACCACGGUUAUCUAGUAACCGCUGACAGUUCUUCGCAAUACGACGCCAUUAGAGCUUACCUGAAAGAACUUGACAUCACCGACAACGUAUGGAUAGGACUCUCGAAAAGUGCGGAAAAACCAAAUUUCACAUGGACGAAUUUACAGCCUCUGAGCACAGAAGGGCAUUGGCAAGAUGCCAUUCCGGUAUCUAGCAGCCUUCUAUGUGUCGCAAUGGACCCAGCAAAAGAUUUCCUGUGGAAACCCAUGAGUUGUGGAGGACCGGAAGUUGCAUCUUUCAUAUGCGAAUUACCCAUUCCGGAAUGGGCUCAGGGUGCACGGGGUUGUCUUUUGACGGAAUUGCCGUCUUUAACAGUGCUGUACAUCCCCGAACAAUCGUCCAUUGAUUUGACAUCAGAUUGCGGUUUGGACGGCACCAAACGGAUAGCUUGCAAAGGAGAUGCGGACAGAGAAGAGAUCCUGAAGCAGUUGACCUGCGCCCUCCCCCACGAGGACUUCGAGGAGAGAACCCCCUCCCCGUUGCCCCCCGCCGAGCCCUCCACGACCACCAGAGCCCCCCUCUGGACCUCCAACACGGUGAACGUCUAUUACGGCUUGCCGACCAGACACAGAAGAGAAACGGAAGGGGAAACUCCGAGCACGGCUAGAUUCACUGCCACAGAGACGUUCGAAGCAACAAACUACGACACACAAGUGACUACAAGCAACACUUUCGAUGCAUCGACAUCGGAAUCAAUCGAAAUCAAAGCCACCGGGUCGACCCUUCCAGAGGUUAUCCAGUUGGAGGAUGGAGUUGCAACUUCGGGAAAUAAUGUGACGCCGCUCUUAGAGGGAACCGAGGUGACUGAAAUCAGCCAUUCAACUUUCGCCGGUUCAAGUUUACCGUCUAUUGAAAAAGAUAUUGCUGCCGAAUACCCUAGCGCCAUCAGCCAAGGACAACUUUUCAGUAUCAUAGAAAAUGGAACAAUGUUCGACAUAAUCGAAUUGAACGAAACUUCUGAACGUGACUCGAAAACUCAGAAUGAAGCUCAGACGAAUAAACAAAAAACUGAAUUCAAACCUUCAGUGAAACUCACGCAAAUCAACGAAAAAAAUUCCAAGAAAACUUCGGACACCAAAACCAAGCCUAUAUCGAAAAAAGACGUUUACAAAAAUGCCGAUCCCAAGAAAUUCUCGCUCAAGAAAAAUUACACAAAGUCCGACCAGAAAGAUGAAGAAACAAAUGUGAGUAAGGAAAUCGAAAUUUUCCCAAUCGUACACGACACUUCCAUCAAGCUGAACAGGACAUUCAGAAAAGAGCUACCAGGGGAAUCUAAAAAGAAAAUUCAAACCGAACAGAACAAAGCAAAAAAUGCAACAGCCGUACUAGAACAAAAUCCAGAUAAAUCAAACUCCUCAAAUAUAGAUCCGAAUUUGGACUUGCUCAACAAAAAUGUGGCCGAAAACAACGAAAGCGAAUUCAUUGAAAGUGAUGUUGAGUCUGAAUCCCCAAAAACACAGCUAUCGACAGAGUCUGCCUCUAACGUGUCUGAAAAUGAACAAUCAGAAAUGGACGAAACAGGGGCUGCCAUCAAACCGAACAGACAGCGACAGCUGACCAGGCCCCAAAGGAGACCUUUCUAUCCAUACUUUUUCAGCAGGAAUAUUUUGCUCCUCCAUAUCAUAGGAAAAUAUGUAGCUUUGCUAGCUUCCGGCGAACUCAGCAGAGCUAUUUUUGAAAACAUAGAUUUUUUACCAAUUUGCUAUAUUGGGGUUAGAUAG